AUGGCUUCCUACGGUUCACUCAUGCCCACCGCGGCAAGGAGUCUCUUGUCGUCAUGCCGCUCUCCGCUUCGCCAGGUGUCAAUGGCCCCUCUCCUCUCCAGCUUUCAGCAGGUUCGAGGAGCAAAGAACAAUCCUCAAGCACAAGGUAAAAAGAACAAGGAAAAGAGUAAGAAGACAAAGAAGGGUCCUCGAGAGUUCAAACAAAGAGAUCUGAAGGAUAUGGAUCAAUUCGCGCUUUGCGAUGCUAUGAGGUAUCUUCGUGCGUUCGAAGUCGGGCAUGAAGCAGCUACCUCCAAAUACGAAGUCCACAUCCGGUUGAAGACGAUGAAAGACGGUCCAGUGAUCCGCAACAUGCUCCGGUUUCCCCACUCAGUCCAAACAGAAUCACGGAUUUGUGUCGUCUGCCCUGCUGGAUCUAGGCAUGAGAAGGAGGCUCGUGCGGCAGGAGCCGUCCUAGUGGGAGAACAAGAGGUUUUUGAUAAUGUGAAAAAGGGUAUCAUUGAGUUCGAUCGUCUGAUCUGUCACCCUGAUAGCUUGGAGGCGUUGAACAGGGCCGGACUGGGUAGGGUCCUCGGUCCUAGAGGACUGAUGCCCAGUGCAAAGACAGGUACCGUUGUUGAAGACGUCGCUUCGAGAGUUGAGAUGCUGCGUGGUGGUACGGUAUACAGGGAGCGAGACGCUGUCAUUCGACUUCCAAUUGGGCAGCUGGCAUUCACCCCUGAGCAAUUGCGAGACAAUCUGCGCGCCACUCUCGAGCAGAUCAAAAAGGAUGCGGCUGGUCUCAACGACCGCAUAAACAAGGAGAUCCAUGAAGUGGUGCUGAGCUCGACGAAUGGUCCUGGUUUCAGUCUGAACGGAGAGUUCAAGUCCGACAAUUCCCCCGAUACUGCAUCUUUGAGCGGUCUGUAA